AUGGAUGAGCCCUGGCUCAGAGCCUUCAAGGCUCGCGAGCUGAUCGACAGGUCGCAUCUUGUCUUGGAGAACAACCAGCGGGACCCAGACAUCGUCCUGCAGAUGAAAAGGGCGAGGCGAGACAGACUGUGGCGCUACAUCAACUCCAAGGAUAAGCCUCCCCCAAGGUUCCAGCACAGGAGCAGCAACGCCAUGGACGUACCUGCUGUGAUCAGCCAGACGGAGAGAGGGAGGAGUCAGCGCGAUCUGAUCAGAACGAGUGUAUGUGAGAGCUACAUCUCUUCCUGCUGCGAGGAUCAGAGCCUCUUCUUCUCUGAGACCCGCGCGAAUCAGGUUGCUAGCAUGUCGCACCAGAGGAAACUGUCCCGGACGAAGAAGCGAAAGUCGUUCUGGAGCAGCGACAUCUUUGACAUGAGGGACGCGUCUACUGAGCAGAAGCAAGACUUGGCUCGAGUCAUCGAGAGCGUCUCUCCAGAUCACCUGCGCCUCCUCCAACGGCUGUUUGUCCCAGCAGAUCUGCAUGCGAUGGGAGAGGCUCAGUUCUUGACGCACGUCAAGACCCUCGUCCCUUCCCUGCAGGCUGAGACUGAUCAGCUCAGAAUCGUCUUCCGAGAGAUCGACGGGGACGGGGACGGGCGGAUCAGAUGGGCAGAUGUCGCGGAGUUCUUCGCCAGCAACUUGAGUGGGGAGCAGGGAGCGUCAGGGAGUGAGCAGGACGAGGAUGAAACCUCUGUUCACUCCUACCACCUUGCUGAGUCGAUGCCGCUAGUCAAGCUCGCGGCCAGCCCGGUGGAGGGCAUCGCAUGCCUUGUCGACACUGACCACAUCGCUGUCUUCACUCCCGCUAGCGACUCAGUGAAGCUCUACAACGGAGAAACAUUGACGCUGGCGCACGAGAUGGCUGGCCAUCUAGCCUCUGUCGUGCUGGUGUCAGACCUUGAGAGCUCGGACUACAUCGUGACCAGCGGCGCUGACGGCUGCCUCAUCUUCUGGGGGAAGUUCACCUUCCACCUCCGGCAGACAAUCCCGACCCCUCACAUCCUCUCCUGCUCCUUCUGGUGGCCUGAGGGCAUGCAGAGCUCGCAGCUGUUUGUAGGGACGGCAAGCGGCUGCGUCUAUUCAUUUCUUGUGCCCAAGAGCAUCGAGACUGGCGUCCAAGUCGUCGAGCUCUACCAUGUUGCCUCCUCUUCCUAG